GCUGUGGCAGAAAUCUGACUCAAGUCUUCCUGGCUGUGGACAUUAAACCAAACAGACAAGAAAUCAUGACAAGAAAAGUACAAAAUCCAAAUCUGGAUCAUGCAAAAAGUCGAAAAAGGAUACUGAAACCUGUUGUAGAGAAAAAGAGAAGGGAUCGGAUAAAUCAAAGUCUCGGGGAGCUGAGAACUUUGUUGUUGAAUUAUACAUCUGAUGUGCGACUGCAGAAUCCUAAAAUAGAGAAGGCAGAGAUCCUGGACUUGGCUGUGGAGUAUCUUCAAAAGUGGACUGACAGGAGGAGCAUGAGCACUGAUUCUGCAAAUGGAAAUUCUGGUCAGGCGAAGGAUCCGUUUCCUCCCCUGGUAAGACCUCCUCUCUCCUCAGAGUCCGGCGCCCCUACUCUUUUCAGCAUUGAGAAUGCAGGCUUUCAGCAGUGUAUGGCCCAGCUGGCUAGCUACAUGCACAAAAUAUCACCAGCAGAGAGGAUGAAUCUGAUCCAGGAGCUGAACGGUCACAUGGAGAGCCAGUGUCCAAACGGCCUCAAACCAGAGACGGCUACAGGGCCCAACACAGCAUCUGUGGAUAGGAGUGUGUGCAGCUCUGAGAGGAGAGAGGAGUCUCAUCACUCCUCGUGUCAACCUGGAACUCUCUCUCCCUCCAUAGGCCAUGACUACUAUCUCUCCCCGCCCAUUUCUCCCUACCUCUCAUCUCCUCCUGCGUACACCUCCCCUCCUCCCUUCCCUCUGCUGGCCUGCCACUUCUCCUUCUCUCCCAGCCUGUCGCCUCUUUCCUCCAACACCUCCUUUGCCGCCACACUUUCACACUCCCUGCCCACCAUGCCUGCUCCUGUUAGUUUCUCGCCAACUCCCCCUCUCUCAGGCCCACCCACACUCCACCUCCCCUCCCGGGCCACUGUGAGAUCCCCGAGGGAGGGAUUACCACCCAACUCUUCUUCAUCCAUAUGGAGGCCUUUCUUCUGAAGUGGGACAGACUGAAAAACUUCUGUUGCUGGUUACAGUCAAGCUUUACUCAAGUGGGGUGAGGAUAAACAAGGGCAGUGAGCCACCUAGUGGACAUUCAUUGUAAUGCUUGGGUAAAGAAAGAAUCUCAAACUGGCUGUGGUGCUCAGAGGAUGCCAUUUUUCGUGCAAUAUAAU